UUGCCUCCGGCGACAGGCCGCUCGGCCGUCGAACACUGCAUUCAUUCAGCUCAUGCCAACGAAGGAAAUCGCUCUCCGAGACUUCCAAUGAGCCAACCACUUCUCCAAGACUCUCUCGACCCGCCUCCACCAUUUCCUUGCAUACGCUUCUCAAAACCCCACAACCCUCUAAUCGAUCACAGCUUCGAGCAGAACUGCAGAACCACAUGCUCUCUCCUCCUCUCCCAAACCCGCUCGAGGCUCCUUCCUAAAGGCCUGGCCUUGCAUGCGCACAUCAUCAAGUCCGGAAUCAGUGCAGUUCCGCUCGUCUGUCACCACCUCAUUAACUUCUACUCCAAGCUCCAGUGCCCAGUUGAGUCCACGGUCGUCUUUCGCGAAGCGCCGGUGAAGUCACCCACCACGUGGAGCUCCGUUAUCUCUUCGCUGGCCCAGAACGAGGCCCCAUGCUUAGCUCUUCGGUAUUUUCGCGAAAUGAUACGUUUUGGUGUCAGACCUGACGAUCAUACUUUCCCGUGUGCUACGAAAUCUUCCGCCAUGCUUUCGGAUUAUAAUGUCGGGGGAAUGGUGCAUUGCUUUUCUGUGAAGACAGGGUUUGAUUCGGAUGUGUUUGUUGGGAGUUCUCUGGUGGAUAUGUACGCUAAGUGCGGGAAGAUAGAUGUAGCUCGGAAGGUGUUCGAUGAAAUGCCUGAGAGGAAUGUGGUUUCUUGGAGUGGGAUGAUAUGUGGGUAUGCACUGAUAGGCGAGAAUGAUGAGGCUUUGAGGCUUUUCAAGGAAGCGGUAGUGGAAGAUUUGGAUGUCAAUGAUUUCACAUAUUCAAGUGUGAUUAGAGUAUGUGGUAGUUCCACUCUGCUUGAGUUAGGGAAGCAGAUACAUGGGUUGUGCUUGAAAACAAGCUAUGAUUCAUCGAGUUUUGUGGGAAGCUCGUUAAUAUCUUUGUACUCUAAGUGUGGACUUGUAGAAGGUGCUUAUCAAGUUUUUGAUGAGGUGCCGGUCAAGAAUUUGGGUAUGUGGAAUGCAAUGUGUAUAGCCUGUGCUCAACACGGGCACACCAAGAAGGUUUUCGACUUGUUCACACAGAUUGAAAGAGCUGGGCUGAAGCCAAAUUUUAUUACAUUUUUGUGUGUGCUCUAUGCUUGUAGCCAUGCAGGGCUAGUUCAAGAAGGGAAACACUAUUUUGGGUUGAUGAAAGAUUAUGGGAUUGAGCCAGGCGAUCAGCAUUAUGCUUCGUUCGUGGACUGUCUUGGCCGAGCUGGAAAAUUACAAGAGGCUUUAAAAGUUGUUGAAGAAAUGCCCAUGCAACCUACAGAAUCUGUUUGGGGAGCAUUAUUGAUUGGCUGUCGCAUUCAUCGCAACACUGAAUUGGCAGCUUAUGUGGCUGAUAGGGUUUUUGAGUUAGGUCUCGUGAGCCCAGGCCUACAUGUGCUAUUAUCCAAUACUUAUGCGGCUGCUGGUAGAUAUGAAGAUGCAGCCAAAGCUAGGAAGAUGCUGAGGGAACAAGGGGUGAGAAAGGAAACAGGUUUGAGUUGGGUUGAAGAGGGGAAUAGGGUGCACACAUUUGCUACUGGUGAUAGGCGCCAUGCGAAAUAUAAGGAGAUUUACCAAAAGUUGGAAGAAUUAGGGGAUGAAAUGGAGAGAGCUGGUUAUGUUGCAGAUACAAAUUUUGUGUUGCAACAAGUGGGUGACCAAGAGAGGAGCGAGGCGAUCAGGUAUCACAGUGAAAGAAUAGCCAUUGCUUUUGCACUCAUCACAUUUCCACCUGAAAGGCCAAUUAGAGUUAUGAAAAACUUGCGGGUUUGUGGCGAUUGUCACAAUGCUAUAAAGUUUAUGUCCAAGUGCACAGGAAGAAUAAUCAUUGUGAGAGAUAAUAAUCGAUUUCAUCGAUUUGAGAACGGCAAAUGCACGUGUGGCGACUAUUGGUGACUGAAGAAUUAGUACAGAUAAGAUGAUCAAGUUCUUAAAACACAAUGGUAAUCUUAUUUCAACACUGCACACCAAGGAUAUCCUGUACAUUAUGUGUUGCAGAUUAUCAACUCUCAACUCAACCCUGUGCAAAAGGGAAGCUCCUUUUGGAUGAUUUGGUUCAAAUUUUAUUGACAAUUUCUGCUCCUCACUCCUCCCCCAUUUUGAGGAGGCAGGCCACUGGCACAGAAACAAGAAACGAAUACCGUUCUUUCUUUCGGCCCAGUUCCCUUGUUGCCAAAUUGCCAUCUUGAUCUUUGUGGUAUUGGAAAUUCAAUAUAUUAGAGACCUUAUGCAGCAGAUUAAUCUUAUUGAGUACUCUGUUGUGUAAUGGAUAGAAGAAGUUAUACUCUCUGGGAUGCAUGCAUAUAUUACUCCUUAUGUUGCCAAUAUUAUGGUUAUAUUGGCAAAGGAGGAUCUUUAUGACUUUGCUUGGGGGAUUGCAAGAAAGUUUGACUGAAAGAUGCAAGUAAAGCAAUUGAAUUCCACUGUAAAGAGCAGCCCUCAACAAAA